AUGUCCCAGAAUCAGCCCCAAAUCCAACAGGAUCCUGCGUCCCCGGCAGGUGGUUCCGUUCGACGCCACCACACAAUCACAGCGGCCUCAAGGACCGCCAGGGCUCAGGCCAGGGAUAUCAUUUCCGAAGAGACGGCCAACGACCAGGGCCUUGGGAACGACGACGGGCCAGUCGAAGACGAUUGGGUCACCAACGUAGGCGCAGUCGGCGAGAAAACCUCUCUCCACAGGCAGAGCUCCCUCCCAACCCGCUACCACCACCGUUUCAAUGCCUCAAAAUCGGCCAAUAUCACCCCCAAGGCUCCAGUCAACAGUUUGGCAGCCAUCGCAGGCCACGAAGGCGACGAGGAGCCCUGGAACCUGGCCGAAUAUCAUGUACAGGACGAGGAGCAUCCAAGCGUGGAACAGCAGUUAGAAUCUCAGGCUGCGAAUACCACCUCGCCGCUGUCUCCCCACUUCAACCAGCAACCUCCCCAGGUCCCUUCACCUCCCCCUGCGGGCUCCGGCGUCCGACGACACGUUUCCCUCACUUAUGGGGCUGGCGUGGGACAGCGUAAAAUCAAUAACGCUGGCCUUAAACGCUCCGGAACUCUACAGGCCACCGUCCCUACUCAUUCCCAAGGACCAUCCACCCCUGACCCUUCAGAGUACUCUCAGGAAGUGGAAUAUCCGUACGAGCCGGAGGACCUCAGCACAAACGCCGCGACCGUCCCUAGUGCUGAGGAUGAGUACUACUACCGUCAACAGCAGCAACAACAAAACACAGGUGGGGCAAUUGGAAGACAAUCCCCAUGGUCGCAGAGCAACGAUUGGAGGGCUCCUGGCAACCCCAACUUCUCGUCCGGUGGCAACGCUACGAUUGAUGACGUCCAACGAGCUCUUUCUACUCUCGAAAUUGCUUCUGGCGCGGGCAACAAUACAUACAAUGCCAACGCAUAUGCCGCCACCCAGCCUAACUAUCCUCCUAGGUUUAGUGGUACUCCCCGCGCGGGUGGUAACGGGGGCAAUGUGAUCGGAGGUGGUAACAACUACGAUGGCGGGAGACGGACGCCGAAUCGUGUCCAGAACAAUCAGAACUGGGAUCAAGGCCAGCAGCACCACCUUCAGCAUCGUCAGUCUAACACGAAUAUGCAAUACGGAUAUCAGCAAGGGAACGGUCAUGGUAAGAGCCCCAGUGGUAGCAGUGGGUCUGGGGCAAUCCCGGCCGUACCUGCUAUCCCCCAGCAAUAUCUCCAGCAACAGGGUCAGCACCAAGGCCGUCCCGGCUUGGGCGUUGCUACCAAUGUCACCACCCCUCACAACAAUGGGUCUUCCGGUCAAACUCCCAUCCAACCAUUCAUUAGUACGCCUAUCGACGUGCCUUCUCUGAUCGCCACGAAGGGUUACAACCCUGCUACGUUCGACAUCAAACCUCCAUUUGCUAGGUACUUCGUGAUCAAGUCCUACACCGAGGAUGACGUCCACAAGUCCUUGAAGUACGAAAUCUGGAGCUCAACGGACCCCGGCAACAAGCGUCUUGAUAAAGCUUUCAAAGAAUCUGCGUCGCGCGGCCCGAUUUAUCUUUUCUUCAGUGUCAAUGCUUCGGGCCAUUUCUGUGGCAUGGCUGAGAUGAUGACCCCGGUGGACUAUACGCGAAGCAGUACUGUCUGGGCCUCUGACAAGUGGAAGGGCGUGUUCAAAGUCAAAUGGAUCUUUGUCAGGGAUAUUCCCAACGCAGCGCUUCGCCAUAUCAAAUUGAAUAACACCCAGGAGCGCAAACCUGUUACCAAUUCACGGGAUACACAGGAGUUGCUUCCUGAUGCUGGGCAAGAGAUGUUGCGUAUCUUCCACACCCACCCAGCUAGGACUUCGUUACUUCAAGACUUUGCCUUCUACGAGUUGCAAGCGAUGCAGAAGAUGCAGGCCCAGGCCGCCACUGGCAACCCACCCCCGCCUAUCAUCCCCACCAUCCCGACCAACAACCAGAACUCUGGCGCGUCUUCGCCUCCAACCCAGCCCAGCUCUGUGGUUCACUCUCCCCAGCCUAGCCACUCCUCUGUCACUUCCUCGACUUCUUCCUCCCCUCACUCCAAUCAAACCUCGAACACCUCGAACAGCAACAACCUUGCGUUCCAGAGCAACGCCUACAUGACUCCCAUGAUGCAGAUGCAACUGCAAAUGGGAAUGGGAAUGGGAGGAGUCGGCGGGAUGGGAAUCACUGCCCCGAUGAAUGGUAUGGGCAUGGGUAUGGGCAUGGGUAGCAUGGGUAUGGGCAACAUGCCCCUCAACAUGGGACUUAGUGGAAUGGGCAUGGGCGGCAUGAAUCAUAUGGGAGGCAUGAGCUCCAAUGCCUACCAAGCUGUCAUGAGGCAUACCAGCCCAGCCCCUUCUCAAGGCAAUAACCAGGGGCACAACGCCAACCAAGGCCAGGGUUACAAUUAUUGA